AUGGCCUCGGCAUCGCAGCGCACUCAAAAGUCGCCAGCCUGCAGGUAUCUGCCAGGAGUGGCCUUGUGGCUCAACUUUCUCCAGGUUCUCACAUCCUUGCCUUUGAUCGCAGCCAAGGGUGCAGACUACUACGCCAUCUUGGGCAUCCCCAGGAAUGCCGACCAGGCAGCUAUCAAGAAGGCCUAUCGAGGCAAAUCCUUGGAGUACCAUCCGGACAAGUGCGCCGAUGACAAGGAGCAGUGCCAGACAAAGUUCAUCGAAGUGUCUUCAGCCUACGAGGUCCUCAGUGAUGCCGAGAAGCGGAAGGUCUACGACCAGCACGGCGAAGAGGGCCUAAAGGAGGGGCACCAGUCCGACGAACAGGCGAAAGCCAUGUUUCGCCAGUUCUUCGGUCGCGAGCCCGACGGGAACGUCAGGAUCGUCCGCCGAGGAGGCCAGAUGAUGUUUAUGGAAGAAGGUGAGCCUGGACCCAAGGAGGACAUUUACGGCAACACCAACGUCACCGAGCUCACAUCCGACUUGUAUGGCUCGCAAAUCAAUGACCGCAUCGAGCCCUGGUUUGUUCAGUUCUACAAGCCGAAUAACGACGAGUCUCGGGAGGUGCGGAGCGAGUACAUCAAGUUCGCAGACACCUUCAAGGACUUUCUGAACAUCGGCGCCGUCAAUUGCCGGCAACAACGGGACGUGUGCAGCAAGGCGUCCAUCAACGAGUACCCCGCCUUCCGCUGGUUCGGAGAGGACAAGGGGACUCCUCCUGAGAUCUUCAGCGAGGGUACACCCUCUGCCAAGAAUCUGGGCAAGUGGGCCAGCGCCAUGAUGCCCGACUACACCACAGUCCUCCAGGACAAGCACGAGUUGCGCAAGUGGCUUGACAACGUCAAGGGACCACACAUUCUGUUGUUCACUGACAAGAUGAGCUCUCCCCCGAUGUGGAAGGGAUUGAGCAGAGAAUUCAACGGGCGAGCCUCCCUCGCCACCGUGCCGCGCUGCGACAGAACGGGAGUGUUCAAGACACCCCUGCAGCGGGAGUACGACGUCAGGAUACCUCAAGUUGUGAGGAUCGACCCUCUCGAUGAGAUCGGAAAGGUGACUGAGAAGUUCAGCUUGACUUUGAAGAAGGAGUCCCUGAACCUCUGGUUCAUGAAGGCCAUCGCACUUGGAAAGAAGGCCGGACCUCAAGCCACCUUUAAAGAGCUCUCGCGCGACCGGAUUGAGGCGGGCGAUUGCGGGCCAACAGACAGCCAGUUUUGCUUCUUGUGGCUCAAGGCCGGCGCAGAUCCGGCCGUAGAGGAGGCCACCCGGCAGCUGGCACAGAAGUACCGGAGAGAUCCGAUCAAGAUGAUGUGGGCCAACGUGGAGCUGAACCCUUCCCUCCUGGACGCGUUUGAUCUGCAUGAAUCUGACGCGAGUGACUUCUUCGUUGCUUUGCGAUCAAAACGAUCUCGGUUCAAGGUUCACACGGGCGAGCUACGCUUCGAGGAGUUGGAUGGCUUCGUCGAUGGGGUCCUAAACGGCGGACCGCUGCCUGGAAAGCUGAAGGUUCCAAAGAUCGAGCUUUGA